GCGAAACUCAAAACUCGACCGAAAGAUGGACGAAUACGAGAACGUGUCUGGCAAGGAUAAAGAAAUGGACGAGUUCCUGCAGCUGGAGAGGCAAAAGGCCGAGGUGACUGCCCUUUUGCACGAGUUCAACGAGAUCUGCUGGGAGAAGUGCAUCGGAAAGCCCAGCAGCAAGCUGGACCAGGCCACACAGGUGUGCCUGAGCAACUGCGUGGACCGCUUCAUCGACACAUCGGUGCUGAUCGCCAAGCGCUUCGUGGAGGUCAUAAACAGGCGACAGUAACAGGCGUUGCAGACGCCAGACUGGUCUGUGGAGAGGAGUCUAUCGGCAGCAAAGAUGUUCCCAGGACCACGCAAAAAGAAGGAAGGAAGAGCAGUAAAGCAAUUUUCGUAUAUGUUGGCUUAAAGCUGUUUUAAACUAAACCUAUCUAGAGUUAUUUAGAGA